UUAUGAACAUUCAACAUUGACAAACCAAACCAAAUCAAACGAUAACUGUUUUCUUUUCUUUUUUACAAGUGAUACAAACACAGAAUACAAACUUAAUAAUAAUGAAAUUUGUUCAAAUUUUCACAGUCACUAUUGUAGCUGCAAUAGUUAUUGGUUUAGCUUAUGCUGAAAACGAUGAUAAACAGAAAAAGAUUGAAGAAGCUGAAGAAUUAAUCAAACAUGCAAGAGAAUUUCUUAAAGAAAAAAAAAUGAAUAUUAAAAAUGCAAAAGAAAUUUUAGCUAUGCGUGCACAGAUCGGUAUUAUUUUGGCAAUAAUUGGUGAACUUCAUGCUGCAAAUGAUGAAAAAUCAUUGAAAGAUGUUUAUGAACAAUUACGAACACAUGAACAAAAAUUACUUGAUGAAAUGGCACAUUUUGGUCAACAUUCGACUACCGAAGCCAUUGAAAUUGGUGAAAAUAAUCGUGAAAAAUUAAUACAACGUGGUGAAAAAUUAUUACAAAGAGCUAAAGAAUUUCAACGAAAACAUCAUAAUGAUCAUUCAAUAGAACAAGAACGUAUACAUGAAGAAAUUAAUGUUGUCAAAACAUUAGUGGAUGAAUUAAAACGAUCGCAUGAUAAACAUGGUGAAGUUGAAGAAACAUUGGAAAAAAUGUUAGAAAUUCAUGAAAAUGUUUUGGAAAAAAUGAUGAAUGAUUAUGGUAAACAUAGUACACCGUAUUAUCCAACAACAGAAACAACGAAAGCCUAAUCAUUGAUUAUUGAUCAAUGAAUUGAAAAUUU